AUGGCGCAAUCACUUCAGGGGUGGGUAAUCGACGCGAUGGAAAUUCUUGUGGUGGCGUUUGUGCUGGAAGACAUUGCGACCACGUUCGAGCUGGGCAGUGUCGGAAAGGGGCUCAUCGGCAGUGCCAGUUUUUUUGGGAUGCUCGUUGGCGCGGGUUUCUGGUCCAUCUACGCCGACAAGCGCGGCCGCAGGACAGCCUUCGUGUCGUCCCUGGCCUGCGUCUUUGUCGGCGGGGUCUUCUCCGCUCUGUCACCGUCGCUGUAUAUCCUCUGCCUGUGCCGGGUGCUCGUUGGCUUCGGAGUAGGAGGUAAUUUGCCGGUGACAACCGCGCUCGUCACCGAGUUUCUGCCAACCGACGAGAGGGCCAAAAUUCUCUGCCGAGUGGCUGGAACUUUCUGGGGCGUCGGUAUGAUCUCCGCGUCCCUUCUUGGUCUAAUCCUCGCCAAUGUUCUCGGGCCUGGGCAGGAAGAGACUAUGUGGCGCUGGUUUCUGGGGGCGGCCGCGCUUCCAUCAGCAAUGGUGGCCGUGGCUUACCGGUUACUUCCUGAAUCUCCUCGCUUCCUCCAGGUCAUGGGGAGGCACGACGAAGCGAUGCAGGUGUUGGAGAGCGUGGCGAGAAUAAACGGCAAGCUUGACGUGCUCGGGUUGGACUUUUCAGGGCAGGCUGCCGGUCUGGGCUCUGACGGCGGCGGCCGCGACGGCGAAACAGCUGUGGCCGGGAUCGGAGACGCCGCGACGUACGGGCAAGAGGCUGACAACAUUGAGCCGGGAGAAGUGCGCGAGCUGUUCCACACUCCUAUACUGCGAAGGAUCACCUUGUCCCUAUGGGUGGUCUGGUUCACCCUGAACAUCAGCUACUACGGUGUGACCUUCUUGCUGCCGAGGUACUACGAUGAGGUAUCGGGCGGGGAAGCGGACUUUGUGUACAUCCUUAGCGCUCUCGUUGGGGCAACGUUCAUCCCGGGCGCGUUCGCGGCCAUGAGGCUGUGCUCUGAGCGUUGCCUCGGUCGCGUGGGUGCUCUCAAGUGGUCGUCCUUUGCCACGGCGACCGCCGUCCUUUUGCUGGCCAUGACCCUGCAAGUGGAGGCCCUCUUCGCGGUGGCGUCGCUCUUUACCCUGUUCGUUGUCACUAUCCCUGGGAUUGUCAUGUAUGUCUUGACGCCGGAAUUGUACGCGACAAAGUACCGAGCAGUGGGCUUGGGAGCCGCGAGCUGUGUGACGCGCGUGGGAGGUUUGAUUGCCCCCAUGCUGGCGGAGUUGUUGUACGAUCGGGGUGGCCCAGUGGCUCCUUUGUUGGUGUUCGGGCCGAUCAUGAUCAUCACCGGCAUCGCGGCGGGCAUGAUUCCCGUCGAAACGGCCGGGCGAGAACUGGACGACGACAGCUGGGACCGCAAAGAACCGGCCAAAACAACACGGACAUUUGCUCGCCCCCAUGCGGAGCCAUACUCCGACGCUCCUGUGGUUCCGUGA